AUGGGUCCUCGCGGGGCGUUAGCGGUUUCUUUAGGCAAAACGGCGGCCCAGAUCGCUGCAGACUUUGCGCCCAUCCCCGGGCUCAUGGGUGCUGUCGAGCUCCUGUGUGGCAUUGUCCAGCUCUGCGAGAACGUCACUUCGAACAGGCACGCGGCUUUCCAGCUUCGCGAUCGAUGCCAUACGAUGUUGCUCGCGUUCAAGGACAGCCAGCAGGGCGCAACCUCUGGGAAGAUUAAUGAGGCCCUCAAUGCUGUUGAAGACUGCCUCCUUGAUAUCAAGACGAAGAUGGAUGGCUGGACCAAGAUUGGUACCAUCAAGGGGUUUACGCGGCAAAGAGAGAUUCAACAGGACAUCGAGCGCUGCCACGAAGCUAUAUCGGAUUGUGUCGCUAAGUUCCAGUUGGUUUCGCAUAUGGAGCUUCACCAGUGGCAGCACCAAUUCGAAGUCACUGCGAAGCAAGACCAUGACGAAACGUGCGCGUACCUCGCUGAGAUACAGAAUGGCCAACAAUUGACCCAGCAAGACAUCAUGCAAAACACGGAGCUUACUCGACAACUUAUGGGCAUGGUGCAGCAGCUAAUGCAGAAGAGCAACGAAGACCAUGAUCGAACCUUCAGCGGUUUAUCGAGCAACUUGCACCAACUCCAAGUUCACUCCGGUCAGCUUCUCCCGGAUCUGAAUCUCAAGUCCGGAGAGGUUCAACGCGUAGGGACACACCCGGUCAGCGGGUCGGCGGCCAUGGAUAUAUACGAAGGGUUGUACCUCCAAAGAGAGAAGGUGGCCAUCAAGAUUAUCCGUGCUGUCAAUGCCUGCGAGCAAAGUUUGCGGAGGUUCAACAGGGAAGUCAAGAUAUGGAAUGAAAUAUACCAAAUGGACCAUGGAAAGCACAUCCUCCCUUUCUACGGGUUCUGCCAGAAUGACGGCCCAUAUCCAUACAUGGUCAGCCCUUGGAUGAAGAACGGAUCGGUCAUCAACUAUGUCAAAAGUAACGACAACCAAGUAGACUAUAGGAAACUGGUCAAGGGAAUUAUGGAAGGGGUACAGGUCCUGCAUACGAUGCAACCACCUGUAGUACAUGGGGAUCUGAAGGGCAAUAACAUUGUUGUUGAUAACUACGCAAAUCCUCUCAUCGCAGAUUUCGGGCUGUCGCAGAUAGUAGAAGACAUAACCGGGAUACCAUUCACCCAAAGCCGCGGUGUAUCAGAUUCCUACCGGUGGUUUGCCCCGGAAGUUUGCGUCGGGCAGGGAACACUAUCUGUUGCUUCGGAUAUCUAUGCCUUGGCGAUGACAAUACUCGAGGUCUUGACACAUAAGCAGCCCUUCAAUCACAUCAAGCAUACGACGGAAGUAGUCAUUCGCUCUGCCCGCGGUGACCGACCAAUACGACCGACCGACCAACGUGUACUUGAGCGUGGACUGGAUGAUAAUCUUUGGAUGCUCUUGAAUCAAUGCUGGGCUUUGGAGGCGACUGACCGACCAGAUAUACAAGAGUUGAUUCAGCGUCUGCAAUAG